AUGUCUGAGCCGUUCCAACUUCGUUUCGCCGGUCUAUGCUAUCGCUACUCGCACGACGAGUUGUGGCUUCCCUCUGUAGGCAGCUACGAGCUCUGGGCGCCCUAUGAGCCUUUUCUUGGCGAGAAGCUACGGUUUACACAGCCGCAAUCGGCUGCUUUCUUCGACCGACACUACGGUGCCGCGACGGCAGCCAACAAUGCAACCAGCAACAGCGGACAAUCCAACAAUGGCGACUUGUUUAACUCCAGCCUUGACAUAUUCAACGAACAGAUUCCUGACUUUACCCAAGACACAACUCAGCCGUUCGACUGGGCAGGCGCUACCGGCGAAGUGCUUUCGUGGUUUUACUAG